GUGCUGUUUAUUUGCGUCAUCAUGGCGCUUCCGGACUGGACAGUGUAUUUACCGGUACUUUGUUUUGCUUCAGUUUGUGGAGGGUUUUACAUCUGUCGUGUUUUUAAAUGCGCCAGAAUAAGUGCAUGGAAAAACAGCCCGAUCGCUAAACUGAUGGCUCGCACAGAGAAACCACUGUUUUGGAUAGCGUAUUCUCUAUAUACACGGACCAAACUCGGGUACAUAUUUCAUAAGAGGCAGAUGAGGAAAGCACGGGAGAGGUACCCUGCCGGCCACUCCAGAACUCAGCCUACUAUAAUAAACGGCAUCAAGAUCAUACCAGUGCCCAUCUUAUCAGACAAUUACAGCUAUGUGGUCAUUGACACUGCAUCAAAUAUGGCUGUUGUGGUUGAUCCCGCUGACCCUCAGCCUGAUGUAGGAUUUUCUAAUAUAGUACAGGACCACAGUGGAGGGAACAGGGCUCUAAAGAGACGCUACAGGUCCUGUCGAGUGUAUGGGAACGCCAUGGACAACAUUCCAGGCCUUACACACCCCCUUUCAGACCAAGACACAAUAGAUUUUGGAACUCGGCUGCGCUUCAGGGCCUUCUAUACCCCUGGCCACACAGUGGGUCACAUUAUCUACUUGCCUGAUGGCCGAGCGUUAGGUGGCCCCAGCAGCUUGUUUUCAGGGGACCUGGUAUUCCUCUCUGGAUGUGGGAGAAUGUUUGAGGGUAAUGCCUCAACUAUGCUGUCAUCUCUGGAUACAGUGGGAUCGCUGAACGAUGAUACUCUGCUUUGGCCUGGACAUGAGUAUGCUGAAGAUAACCUGCUGUUUGCUGCUGAAGUGGAGCCUUGCAAUGUUGUACAGAAGCAGAAGUUGCUGUGGGUACUGCAACAGAGGGGUCAGAGACUUUGCACAUGUCCAUCCACCCUAGCAGAGGAGAAGCAAUACAAUCCCUUCCUGCGGAGCCACUCCCAGGAUCUCCACCGGGCCCUGGGUCUGCAGCAGAAGCAGGACGAGGACUGGACGUCAUAUCGCGCCCGUGUUCUAGAGGAACUGCGUAGACGGAAGGACAUUUAUAAGGACCGAUAAGGCUUUCGUCCACUGACGUUUGAAAGCUGCAACCACUGAAACCAUUCCAAGCUAAACAUGUACUGCUCCCUAUGUAUUAUUACUGUGCUGGAUUAAAAAAGCACUAAUGUGAAUUUGAACCGUGACCUGAAAGACAAAAUUGAAGUAGACCUGGGCAUUAUUUUGUAUACAAAAACAGAUUUAUUUGAACUUUAAGAAUGUGGUAGACUUUGAAAGGCAUUGUCUGAACUUUUCCUUUUUUUUUUUAAUGUUUUUUUUUAAACAAGCUUUCCUGGCAUGCUAAAAAGCAGGUGUUUUUCCUCACCCUUCACUCUGUGUUUUGGAGAUGUGCAGUGAAUCCCAUUUACAAUGACGUUUAAUCCGUUUUGAAUACUUAGGGUACAAUAAGCACUGAUAUUUAUGAAAGGUU